ACGACGGGCGGCCGGGAACCCGCGCCUCGCCACACUGACUCCGCACGCUGAAUACGCACACUUUUCUUCUAGUACGUUUUUGAAUGUGCGCCGGUAACAGCGGGCACGUGAUACGCUCACAGCGGCUGCUAUUUUUUUCUCUUUCGCUCGAGUUUGUGACAGCUGAGUGUUGCGUGCGAUCGCGACCAUUUCCCGCCACUUCCAUCCCGGAAAGCGAGCAAAAAAAGUCUCAAGUUUUUGGCGCGAAAUGUUCGAAUCGCCACUUAUAAUCGGAAUGCUGGAUUUAAGUGGUAGACACAAAUGACUGCGGUUUCUUGUGUGAAGAUUGUUGGGCUGUGAUUAUCGAUUGGAGUAAUAACUGCUUAGGGAAAGUUUGCAAUAAUUAUGGAUGACUGGGAGCGACACGUCACUCCCCUCCUCCAGGACAUGGGGUGCUCCAGCGAGGACGCCCAAGACGACUUCUUUAACCAGCAAGAUUUGCUCGUGAGCAACAGCGGGGCGGGCACGGGUGGAGCGGCGACCAGUCCUGACGGCGGGUCCAGCUCGGCGCCCCCGCUGUCCCCGGGCGGGUCGGCCGUGGCCGGAGGGGCCUUGUCUCCCGGAGCCGGCAGCCACGCAAGCACCCCCGCCGCGUCUUGCUGCGACACCCCGAGGCCAAUCAUCACGGAUCCCGUCUCCGGCCAGACCGUCUGUUCCUGUCAGUACGACGGCGCAAGACUUGCCCUCUCGUCCUAUCCGAGGCUCUCGAGCGCAGCUGUGGGAGUUUAUGGAACGCCCUACCCGUCGACAGACCAGAACCCCUAUCCUAGCAUCGGCGUAGACAGCUCCGCAUUCUACUCGCCACUGAGCAACCCUUACGCCCUGAAAGAGGGUGGAGGAGAGAUGUCGGCGUGGACAUCCGCAGGGCUGCAACCCUCGGGCGGCUACUACCCGUACGACCCCACACUGGCUGCCUACGGAUAUGGCGCUGGGUACGAUUUAGCGGCCCGACGGAAGAAUGCGACGCGAGAAUCGACGGCGACGCUAAAAGCUUGGCUGAAUGAGCACAAGAAGAAUCCCUACCCGACAAAAGGGGAAAAAAUAAUGCUCGCAAUAAUCACCAAGAUGACACUGACGCAGGUGUCGACAUGGUUUGCGAACGCGCGUCGACGGCUCAAGAAGGAAAACAAGAUGACGUGGGAGCCCAAGAAUAAAACCGAUGAUGAUGACGACACAAUGCUCUCUGACGAAGAAAAGGACAAAGACGAGCAAGACGAAAAAAUAAAAAGCCACAAAGAUGACGAGCGCAAGGGAGACGAAAUGCUGCAGGGUAUGCAUCAUCAGCUGCUGGGGUACGGGAUAAAGGAGGAAACGAAGCGGGGCACGUCAGAUUGCGGCGUGCCUAUUCCAGCAUCUAAGCCGAAAAUUUGGUCCCUGGCGGAUACGGCAGCGUGCAAGACUCCUCCGCCUGCAGCACAGCCAUGGCCCCAGCAUGCAUAUGGGCCGGACCGAUCGGGCGUGGGAGACGGGAGCUCGAAUGGAUUCGCGCUACCGGCAACUGCAGCCGCCAGUCCUGCUAGCGGAGCAUACGGACGAUACGGUGGCUUUCCCGGAGCACAGUACGGCGGCCAGCACCCGUGCGUGCAUCCAGCUGCAUUCCCCGACGUCCAGACUGAUACGCCGCCGCAGACACCGCCCAACAUGAAAGUGCCGAGCGUCGCCAAUCCACUUGGGAGUGGCGGCGGCUCCGGCUACUGCUUCCCCAGACAUCAGCAAUCGCCUCAGCGUGACCCGUACCAUAAUCCUCAUCAUGCGGCAAACAACCAUCAACCUAACCAGCCGCACCACAACGAAGGAUCUGCCGCUUUUAAGCCCUUCUAUAAAAGCUCACAAGAACAUCUCAACGGUUUCGUGUCGGCCGUCUGAAAGCGAGCCACGCACCACUGGCGGUAAAGCAAGUGAAACCUGGGUCGCCACGGGGCGCAUCAUCAGGGACAACACAAUUAGUGGCACAGUGUUUACAAAAUAGGGCUCCGAACUUUGUUACGUACUUCAAUCGUGCAUUGUAAAACUAUUCAUUUGGUAAAUACCUUUAUUUGUAUAUCGCAUAGGGUAAUUUCUAAACUACUAAAUUAAUGCACAGAUUAUUAUAAUGUAUAAAGAAUUCGUUAAGUACUUAAUUAUGUUCAGGUUUUAAUCGACGGUUGUCCUAAACUAAGCAUGUGACUGUAAACGUAUCGUCGUGUGGAAUAAACUUUGCUCAGUAUUUUUAUAGAUAUAAGAAUAUUACGAAAAUGAUAAUCCAAAUUAUUUAUAGAUACAAAAGACGCGCAAUUAUGUGUAAAAUUGACCUAAAAGAAUUGGUUUUUUAGUAAAUAUUGUACAUUGUACACCCGAAUGGGUAUUUGUAAGUUAAGUGAUUGUAGUAGGGAUAAUAAUUACUUUUCAGUUCUUCCGUCAUGUCUAAAUAUAAUUUUAUCUUGUGAAAGAUAAGUUAAAUUUUUAGUUCUGUUCAGGUGCCACCUUUUCAUUAGUAGUUAAGUGCAUUGUAAAUUCGUACACAGUAUCUACACAGUUUAUAGAAUUUUGACACAAUAAUUUUGAAAGACAGCUCAACAAUACAGACAUAUUACAGACUAACCCGGUGAAGAUCAUCAUCAAAAUAAAACUGUGUAAAAUCUAUGUAUUACAAUGUCAUAUUGUGAGCUCAGCGCCUUUGAUGGUGUGUUCAGAUAAAUUGCACUUUGGCUCUCACGUUGAAACAGUUUAAUUUUGUGAAACCUAGAUGAUAUCGAUAGACUACAGACAAUCGUCGAUUUGGUUAUUGUUGUUGUCAUUGUAAAUAAAAUGUUUUGUAGAUUUUCUAUAUUCAGUUUCUUGACAAGUGUACAAAGUAUUUGAUAUGGUUUCUCUAACAUCGAUGUUGAGGUGUGACGCAUCGAAUUGUAUUUUAUAAAUAUUGUUUAAAGUAUUAUUAGAAUACAAUGUAAAUAAAUAUAUACUUAUAAUAUUUUUAUUUUCAAAUCGGUCACAGUCUAUCGACAGGAUCCGGGGUUUUGAAAUAGAAUUUUAUUUGUUUGAUGUCGGUUUUAGUCAUGUGGGUUAAAUUUAGUUAAUUAAAAUGAUGAUAAAGGUUAUAUAUUGCAAUGGAUAUGUUUUAUGGAAGGUAUGAUAAUAUUAGUGUGAUGCCAUAUUUGUAUGAGUAAGCAUCUGGGUAUAAUGGAGAAAAUAUUUUGGAAUUACAAAUAGUUACGUACAUCGACAAGAAAUUUAGAGUUACUUUGGAUUAAAGUUACAGAGAAAAAUAUCUUAGUCGAAUAUUUUAGAAUAUCAGUCAAGUUAAAACACUAGAUAAAUUAAACACUCAGCAAUGUUCUGGGACAAAACAAAAGUUUAUUUUUUUCUGUUAAUUUCAAUAAGUACCUACUCUGUAAGGGUGUGUAACAAUAUUCAAUAUGACUAAGAUAAAAACACCGAACAUAUUGUUUAGAGUAACAAAAACUAACAGACUUUCGUUAGUUGGGAAUGGCCUAAUCUCGCCAGCAAUAUUAAUUUCUUGUAAAUUUUUUAGUCUGUAUGUGGUACAGGUCACAAAAUAACUUAAUUUAAUAGUUUGAGGCUUUUUAUGAAACACAACGCAAUCAAACGAACAUUUCUAUGUGACCAAAUCGAAUACAUUCGCUUACUAUUAAAUGUUCUAUAUAGAUAUUUAUAGAAUAUAUACUUAUUAUUAUUAUGAGUAAAAUUAUGUAACGAUUGUAAUUAAAUCUUUAUUUCAAAAA